AAAAUUAAUGUUUUUUUUUAUAUGUUCAAGUGAAUAAAUUUCAUCUCAGAAGGCUUGUUAAAGAGGUAAAUUUAUCUGGAACCAGAAUUUCGCCCAAAAUUAAUUUUUUAUAUUGAAAAUUUUAAAGUGGAUUUUCAUGUAAAAAAUUCUAGUAAACAGGUAAACCUACCUGGAACAAAAAAUAUUAGCCAAAAUUAAUGUUUUUUUUUUAAUUUUCAAGGGGACAAAUUAAAUCUCAGAAGGUUUGGUAAAUACAUAAAUCUAUCUGAAACCUUGACCUAAAAUUAAAAUGUAUCCAUUAACCGACGAUAAUUCUGAAUAUUUGUGAUGAAAGAGAAUAAUAAACAGUUUGGGAUAACAGCAGUUUAUUAGACAUUGAUAUACAGUGGAUAAUAAGGUCAAUUAGGUGGAUAGGUGAUGCUUGUCGUACACAACAAGAUCGUUGACCAAGCAAACAUCGUCACAUCGUCGAGCGAAUCUUUUAAACAGUCCAUCUCCCUUCGUUCUUAUAAUCGCCAACAGAGCUUCGCGCACACGUGUACAUACAUAUACAUAAUUUAUAUAGAAUUCUCACCUAUUUGUAUAUAGAUAUAAAUGUAUUCUCGUUUGUAAUUACGUACAGUGCAUAAAGGAUAGAUUACCUCGAAGCACUCGAGGCACUCUCUAAAUCGUUAACAAUCUCAAUACUUUUUUUUGGAAGACGUGGGACUUUGUUGUUCUUCACCUUACAUCGCCAUCAACUUAGAUCUACUAAUUAACGAUAAUGAGGUCAGGGUUGUUGGCCCUGGUUUAUCUGUGUGACAAAUCACGAGGAAAGGAAUUGACCAACGUGAAUUAUUACUUGUGCCAAUUUCUCCAUUCUGUACAACGUUGACGUAACUAGAAAACUGGGGUGAAACUGACUCAUAAUUAUUGAAAUACGAAAACAAUAAAAAUCUUGUGUUAAUAAAAAUAUUUGGGUGAAAUAUCAUUUACAAAGAGUGCAAUAAUAUUCUUAGUGUAGCUCAAAAUAAAAAUACGUUUUUUGUAGUGAUAUUUGAUAUUUUUAGUGAAGUCACUCACCCCAGAGGAGAAUUCUAGUUACACCAAUGUGAGUGCAUCUCUAAUUGACAAUGAAAGUGUGCAACGGUGCAUAGUGUGUUAAUCAAAGGUGUAUAAAAACAAAUAAAUAGUUAACGUAAUUCUUCAACAACUAAAUGUGUAAUAAUAUAUAUACUAAAUUAAACUUAACAAUUUAUAACGGUGCAUCUGAGUGCAACAAAGUGUGCCGCAAAACCAUUAAUUCGUCGAAAGUCAGCCAUUCAGUCGGCAGUAUACGACUGUAUGUGAAAAAAAGAGUGUCUUCUUUUGCAGGUAUCAGUAUCAUGGUCAGACGUUCUUCAAAAAUACAUAUCUCGAUCUCUGUCUCCCGUCAACCUUCAUAUCCAACGAUCUCACCUUACGGAACAGGAAUAUUAACGCUACGAAUUACACGAAAACGAAAUUCCCCGUUGGCUCGUUUACCUGAAUUCUACACAAUAUUUCUUCUUCUUCGAACGAAACUCGGCUCGGUAAAAGUCGACGGGAAAAAUAGAACAUAGGUAAAUUCGUAGAUUUACAAUAAAUAGAUUUACGCAUCUCUUAUUAAUAUACACCUAGAUAUCGUUUAGUAAUUACUUACGCUUAGAUUCAUCCUCUUUUGUUAACUCGAUGAGCGUGAAUCGAAAUAGAGUCGUUCUUAGAGUGUUUCUUUCUUUAUCUUUUCUUGUCGAACAGAUUGCUAUUUUUUCGUCGGGCGAAAAUGAACAACAGAAAUCAUAGUUUAUCGUUUAUUCGAUGAAAGGAGGAUGACAAGCUAGCGAUCAAAUUGUUUGAAAAAUACCGUGUCAAUGUGUAACUCGUUCUUAAAACUAUGAAACUAAUCACUAAGAAGACGAGACUUUUCAACGAGAGUAGAAAGGUAAUCGACGAACUAAAUGACAACCGUUCGCACGAAUACUUGAAAAAGCAUGUACUUUCAUGGGUUUGUGUUUUCGUAUUUUAAAAUCUCAACGCUAAAUAUAUAUAUAUAUUUAUAUAUAUAAUAUACGCUUUGUUCUUCAUAUAUUUAUAUCUUUUUUUUCCCUUCAAAUACAUUUAUACCUUUUCUUGCAAGUUUCCUAUGUAAUAUAUAUUUAUUUAUAUUAUUAAAUAUUACUCUCCGUUCGGUGAUAAUUCAACAGUAAAUAAUAACGUUUGAAUGCGGGCCAUUCCGUUCUAUACUCUUGCAAACAAUCGAUAACAAAUAUAUUUAACAAAGGAUUGCGUGCAUUGGUGACUAGAGGAGUUUUAUUCUAUACUCGAAUUUCGAUAGAAAUGUUCUUUUGUACUUUGUCGUUCGUGAGAGAACGAUGACUUCGAAUUUGUAAAAUUAUUAAAUUAUUUUGUGAGUAAUUGUGAAUAUUUUUGGAUUGUUUUAAUAUGUUGGGCAGAAGUGCCCGGAGGAUAGUCCACGGGCACUGGAUGGGCACGGUGUUUGCAGAGAUAUUUGCAGACUUUAUUUAUAUUUUUUAAUUUACAAAUUUGGAAAUUUGGAAAUGCAGGGGGUUGAGAAUUUGGAGAAUUGA